CCCUCCCCGACACACCCAACGACACCACCGACACACGACCGUCCAUUGUUGCAGGCUCAACCUCCCAACCUGGUGUGUACUAUCGCCCGUGCUCUCUCCGACGACAAUUGCAGAAACUGUGCAAUUGCAGUCGCUGCUGCAAUAAUCAUCUCGUCGGAAGAAAAGUUACGCCGCUAACACAGAUUUUCCUUCGGGUCGGCAGUCAAAAUGGGUGCCCUCAAGUAUGUCGAAGAGCUCCAGAAGAAGAAGCAGUCUGAUGUGCUUCGCUUCCUCCUCCGCGUUCGCUGCUGGGAACUUCGCCAGUUGAACGUCAUCCACCGCGCCUCGCGUCCCUCGCGCCCUGACAAGGCCCGCCGCCUCGGCUACAAGGCCAAGCAGGGCUAUGUUAUCUACCGCGUCCGCGUCCGCCGUGGUGGCCGCAAGCGGCCCGCCCCCAAGGGCGCCACUUACGGCAAGCCCACCAACCAGGGUAUCAACCAGCUGAAGUACCAGCGCUCCCUCAAGUCCACCGCCGAGGAGCGUGUCGGUCGCCGCUGCGCCAACCUGCGCGUCCUCAACUCGUACUGGAUCAACCAGGACUCGACCUACAAGUACUACGAGGUCAUCCUCGUCGACCCCCAGCACAAGGCCAUCCGCCAGGAUCCCCGCAUCAACUGGAUCGUCAACCCCGUCCACAAGCACCGCGAGUCCCGCGGCCUCACCGCCACUGGCAAGAAGUCGCGCGGUCUCAACAAGGGCCACCGCUACAACAAGACCAAGGCCGGCCGCAGAAAGACCUGGAAGAAGCACAACACCCUCUCCCUGUGGCGCUACAGGUAAGCGUCUCGCCGUCACAUGGCUGGUCGCUCUUGAGGUUAGCAGACUGCCUUCGUCGCAGUCUGCUUUCCCUUCUGUUGCGACCAUGUCGACAGACAGGCGUGGACGUGGAGGGGCGUUGGGCUGCUGGACAUUUCGGGAUUGGCUUCGACAGGUGAUGUGUUGCUGCCAAAACGGGCCGUCAUCAAAGGCCUCUCGUGUGUCCAGCGGCCACAACAGCAGAAGUCGCAACACCUCAUCACCAACUUUGACAACACCAUCAUCAUCGCGAAGGAAAAGAACAAAAGCGGGGUGGAUGCAGUGGCGGCUCAUGAAUGUUUUCCUGUUGUCAGGAGUUUGUCAUUCUGUUUACUGAUGAUGGGGGGAGCUGGUGUUUGAGAGCGGUGCUGCUUCGCAAAGCAAAACAAAAACAUUCGGAAAUUAUGAUGGAAUUGAGAGUAAGAAAAAUCUCACGGCGCCCAAAUGGUUACGGGUUUGCUUUUUUUCACACACAA